CCACAAGGUCUCCACAGCUCCUCCUGGAUAUCUGAGCACCUCACCCUGUCUCCAAGGCUUAGCCCGGCCCCCCGCUAAGGGGGAUACGGUCAUAAACCUCUCCAUGUCCACAAAACAUAUGUAGACUGGAUGGACAACUUCCAUGGCCCCUCCAGAAUCCCUGCAAGAGUAAACAGCUGGUCCACUAAUCCAGGACCAGAACAAAAUCCACAUCAGUCCUCCUGAAUCUGAGGUUCAACAAUCAGCCAGAUUCUCUAUUUCAGCAGCCUGAUGUUUUCCCAGGGAGGCUGAGCAGUCUGAUACCCUGAUAGUUGGAGCUUCCCCCCCCGGUCCCCCCUUUUUUUUAAAUUGUCCUUUUUGUGAUAUGGAGAAGACGUGUCAAACAUGACAGCCGAAAAAUGUCCAGAGCCUCCCUCCUCCUGAGUCAUCUGAUGGUUUGUGAGAUCCUUGUUGAGGCCGACUGAAAGUCCUUCUCCAUGGCCUCCCGAACUCUUUCCAUACCACAGUUUUUUCUUCAGUGACUACAGAAGCUGCAGUCCUUCUGACCUCCUGAUACAUGUCUGCUGAGUCAGGGAUCUCCUGGGCCAACCAAGUCUGACAGGAUUCCUUCAGCUUGAUGGCCUCCUUCACUGCUGGUGAAGUGGGUAGUUUGGUCGCUGCCAUGACGUGCACCAAUGACCUUCUGGCCACAACUCUAAGCAGCCUCCUCCACAAUGGAGGCUUUGAACAUUAUCCACUCAGAUUCCAUGUCCCAGGACUUCAAAGGGAUGGGAGUUGUAGACCUUGUGGACAGGGGCCUCACCCUGCCGACAGCCUUCCCCACUGCUCCCUUCCAGGACCCCAUCCAGAGACUCCAAGAAGGCCCGGGUACUGUGAACUGCUUUUCGGUUCGUAAGAACAGACAACAGUCAGAGACUUCGUCACAGUGACUCCCAGUCUCACAGCAGCACUCGGCCUGGGGCUACGAUAAAGUUCGAUGCAGUGAAGGAGGAGCGUUACCAGCAGGAGGCAAAGCAGAGAGAGCUGCAACGCAUCGAGGAGGCGUUACAGAUGGCUGCACGUAGAGCGUCUCAAACUGGAGAUCUGCUGUUCAGUCUGGAGAGUGUUGUUUACAAGGAGCCUCACAACGUCCCAAAAGGAAGUAAAAAACAUAAAAAGCCCAAAAAAGGCUUGAAGAAGCUGAAACGACACGACAAAGCAGAGAAACCUCAGGAGGAGAAGAAGGACACGUUUGUGGAGAAAAUGGCUACUCAGGUGAUCAAAAACCUGCAGGUGAAGAUCAGCAGCAUCCACCUGCGCUACGAGGACAAUUUGUCAGACCCACAGCGCCCCCUGUCUAUGGGAGUAACACUGUCAGAGCUCAGCCUGCAGACCACCGAUGAGAACUGGAAGUCGUGUAUCCUCAACGAAGCAGCAAAGAUCAUCCAUAAGCUCGGUCGUCUGGAUUGUCUCUGUGCCUACUGGAACGUCAACAGUCCCGUCUUCUACAAAGGAUCAUGGGAAGACAUCGUGGAUCAGUUGAAGUGUGGGAUCAGCAGUAAAGAUCAGCAUCUUCCCCACUAUCAGUACAUUUUCAAGCCGAUCUUUGCUUCGGCUAAAAUGUGCAUCAACCCGAAUGCUGAGCUGGAACUGAAAACUCCAAAAGCAAAUCUUCACUUGGAGGUUCAGAACAUCGCCAUAGAGAUGACCAAACCACAGUACCUGACCAUGUUGGAGCUGCUGGAGUCCAUCGACUGCAUGGUGAAGAACGCCCCCUACAGGAAGUUCAGACCUGACGCCUCCGUCCACAACAACGCCAAACUCUGGUGGAGGUACGGCUUCAACAGCAUCCUUGAGAUCCACAUCAGACGCUUCAGUCACAUGUGGUCCUGGUCGAAAAUCAGACAGCAUCGAGAGAACCUGAAGGCCUACAAGACCGCAUACAAGACUAAACUGCUGAGCCAGAACAAGCCAAACCAGGACACUGAGCGGCACAUCCAGGAUCUGGAGAAAGUUCUGGAUGUCUUCAACAUCACUUUAGCCCGGCAGCAGGCCCAGAUGGAGGUGAUCAGGUCGGGACAGAAGGUGGUGGGGAAGAAGGCGGUGGCGGGGCAGAAGCAGGGAGGAGGAGGUUUCUUCAGCAGCUUCUUUGGUAGAAAGGCCAAGAAGGAGGAGCAGGAGCCAGAGGAGUCCAAGGAGACAGAGAGUUCAGGGUUGGACGAGCUCAUGACGCCUGAGGAGAAAGAAAAACUCUACACUGCCAUUGGCUACAGCGGCAGCUCUCACAACUUGGCUUUACCCAAACAGUACGUUGCGGUGGUUGUCACCUUCCAGCUGUUCAGGACCUCGGUGACGGUCAGAGAGCAGCCGGACGUCCCAGAGAUCCUCAAAGUCCAGAUGAUCGACCUCAGCACCAAAAUAUCUCAGAGACCUGGAGCUCAGGCCUUCAGGGUGGAGGUGGCAUUGCAGCACUGGUAUGUGACAGGUUUACAGCAGCAGGGGGCAGUGCCUUCACUCAUCGCCUCAGUGGGAGACUCCUCUUCCUCUCUGCUCAGUGUCAUGUUUGAGUUAAACCCAGAGGAGAGCGCCGCCGACCAGCUGCUCAGAGUCCACUCUCAGCCUGUCGAGAUCAUUUACGACGCGCUGACGGUGAACAGUUUGUCCGAGUUCUUUAAGACGGGCAGAGGUAUCGAUCUGGAGGUCCUGACCUCUGCCACGCUCUCCAAACUGGAGGAGAUCAAAGAGAAAACUGCCACAGGUUUGUCUCACAUCAUUGAGACCAGGAAGGUCCUGGACCUGAGGAUCAACCUGAAGCCGUCCUACCUGCUGGUACCAAAGUCCGGUUUCUACAGCGACACGUCGGACCUCAUCAUCGUAGACUUCGGCAGCUUACAGUUCAACAGUGUUGAGCAGAGCGGUCUCAGUUCGUCUUUGUCCUCCUCCUCCUCUCUGGAGGAAAUCAUGGAUCGAGCAUACGAGAGAUACAACGUGGAGCUACGAGGAGUCCAGGUGCUCUACAGCAAGUCAGGUGAGGCCUGGAAGUCAGCCCGGCUGCAGGGUUCAUCAGUCCAGCACAUCCUCCAGCCAAUGGACUUCACUGUCCAGCUAGCCAAGUGUAUGGUGGAGAAGGACGCCAGGAUGCCCAGGUUCAAGGUGUCGGGGGAGCUGCCACUGCUGCACCUUAAGAUCUCGGACCAGAAGAUCCAGAACGUUCUGGAACUGGUGGACAGCAUCCCGCUGCCCAACAUGGGCUCCUCCCCCUCCACCCCCACAGAGAAGGUGCUCUCGUUGGUGGAGGCCCGACCACGAGCGCUCAGCCUUCACCCCGCCUUUCUCGACACCAUGGAAACAGAUUCAGAUGACGACACCAGUGAGAAGUCGACAGAUGAGGAUCACCAGCGCUCGGCUCUGGAGGAACUUACCGACCUUCACUUCAAGUUUGAAGUCAAAGAGGUGCUGUUGGAGCUGACCCGGCAGGUGGACCAGGAGAAGACCAUUCUGUCCUUCAGCGUCUGUCAGCUGGGAGCUGAAGGGAAGAGGCGGAGCUUCGACCUGAGCGUUACCUCAUACCUGCGCAGAGUCACACUCGACUACUGCGAAGUUCCAGACAGCAGGAAUCAUCCUCUCCACCUGAUCAGCUCCUCGGAGCAGCAGGGCUCCGACCUGCUGAAGGUGGAGUUCAUCAAGGCUGACCCAAGCGGCCCCAACUUCCAGACUCUGUUCAACAACACAGAGCAAACACUGAAGGUAGAGUUUUCCUCUCUGGACUUCCUCCUUCACACCAAAGCUCUGCUGUCAACCAUCAACUACCUGAACAGCACCAUGCCAACACAACUCAGCGCCGGCCGCGACCGAGACGCCAAAAAACAGGUGGAGAAGACCGGACAGGGCCGGGCAGUGUCUAAAGGAGCCAAAGAUGGCGGCGUGUUCAGCUUCAAGCUGUUUGCCAUGUUGGGUUGUUUCCACGUGGAGGUGUGUGACGAUCGCCGCAGCAUCGCUGACAUCAGAGUCCAAGGAAUCGAUGCGUCGGUGUUGGUGCAGGCGAAGGAGAUGGAGGUGUUCGCUCGACUCAGAGACAUUGUGGUCACAGACGUCAACCCCAAAACCAUCCACAGAAAGGCGGUGUCCAUCAUGGGUGAGGAGGUGUUCAGCUUCAAACUGUCCUUGUUUCCGGGGGCGACGGAGAGGGAGGGUUACAGCGACACGUCAAAGGUGGAUGGGAAGGUCACGAUGCGUCUGGGCUGCAUCCAGAUCGUCUACCUGCACAAGUUCCUCAUGUCACUGCUGGCUUCUUUUAGCUUUCAGUAUGCGUCUGCUGAUGAGAUGUUUGUCGAUAACUUCCAGACGGCUAAAGAAGCUCUGAGUGCUGCGACGGCUCAGGCGGCGGAGAAGGCGGCGUCCAGCGUUCGAGGCUUCGCCCAGAAGAGUUUCCGUCUGUCCAUGGACAUCAAGCUGAAGGCUCCGCUCAUCAUCAUCCCCCAGUCCUCCACCUCCCAUAAUGCCGUGGUGGCGGAUCUGGGUCUGAUCACGGUGGGAAACAGCUUCUCCCUGCUGCCGGCUGAAGGUUUCUCUCUGCCGGCGGUGAUGGAGAAGAUGGACGUCAAGCUGACUCAGCUGAAACUCUCCAGAACCACACUGAAACGAGACUCCUCUCAGCCUGACCUUGAGAUCCUCAAGCCAAUCAACUUAGAGCUGCUCGUCACCAGGAACCUGGCUGCUUCCUGGUUCACCAAGAUCCCAGAAGUCCAGGUCCAGGGAGUCCUCCGGUCCCUCAAUAUGAGUCUGGGCGAGGAAGACCUCGGUGUGCUGAUGAUGAUCCUGGUGGAGAACAUCGGGGAGGGGAGUAAAGAGCACAGCAUGGAAGUCAAAAGACAGGUGGCUCAAGGGAAGGCGGAGCUUGCUCAGCAGCAGGUGGAGGUGUCGCUACAGACGGGAUCUGACGGUGUGUUGGCCGCCACCAACGGAGGUCUGACUGAAAACACCAUCAACGUUCUCCUCAAUUUCGAAAUCAAAGAGGUGCUGCUCACCCUGAAGAAGCCCAGAGAGCAGAAGGAGGCACCUUUUCUUGUCUUUCACAUCGCUCACAUGGGCAUCGACACCAUAGUCAGGAAGUAUGACAUGUGUGCCACAACGUACAUCAACAAGAUCACCAUGAAGUGCCUGGAGUUCAAAGACUCAAGUGGCGAGCCGCUGUGUCUCAUCAGCUCUUCGGUGGAGUCUGGAGCUGAACUGCUCAAAGUGCAGUAUUUCAAGGCCGACCGCUCAGGGCCAGACUUCUCCACAGUCUACAAGAACACCGAACAGAUGAUCAACGUGACCUUCACCUCUCUCGACCUCAUGCUCCACACUGAGGCUCUGCUGUCAACCAUGAACUUCCUGUCGGCUGCGCUGUCGUCCGGCAGCAUGGCGUCUCCAGAGAGAGAGAUCAGACUGAAGACAGAGGACAAGACUGUCUCCGCCAAGUCCACCGCCCUGGUGUCACCUGCAGACAGUGAUGUCAUAGACCUGAAGGUGGAGAUGACGCUGGGAGCCUUCAACGUCCUGGUGUGCGACCAGAGCUGCAACAUGGCCGACAUCAAGAUCCAAGGUAUUAAUGGCUCUUUGCUGAUGCAAGGACCACAAACUCAUAUAUCAGCCCGCCUGAGAGACUUCAUCGUCCUCAAUGUUGAUCCCAAAAGCAUCCACAAGAAGGCCAUCUCCAUCAUGGGUGAUGAGGUGUUCAGCUUCACCAUGAGUCUCACACCUAACGCCACGGAGGGCGCCGGUUACGCCGACACCUCCAAAACUGAUGGCAGAGUGAAGCUGAAUGUGGGCUGCAUCCAGGUGGUUUACCUGCACAAGUUCAUCAUGUCUCUGCUGAACUUCACCAACAACUUCCAGACGGCUAAAGAAGCUCUGAGUGCUGCGACGGCUCAGGCGGCGGAGAAGGCGGCGUCCAGCGUUCGAGGCUUCGCCCAGAAGAGUUUCCGUCUGUCCAUGGACAUCAAGCUGAAGGCUCCGCUCAUCAUCAUCCCCCAGUCCUCCACCUCCCACGAUGCACUUGUGAUGGACCUGGGUCUGAUCACGGUGGGAAACAGCUUCUCCCUGCUGCCCGUCGAUGGAUGCCCACUGCCGGCCGUCAUCGACAACAUGGACGUCCAGCUGACGCACCUCAAACUCUCCAGGACCUGUAUGGACCCGGCGUCGGGUCGACCCUGCACCGAGCUGCUGGAACCAGUAAACCUGCACCUGAACAUCAAGAGGAACCUGGCAGCUUCCUGGUACAAGAAGAUUGUCGCCGUAGAGAUCGAUGGAGAUCUGAAGCCCAUGAAGGUGGAGCUGAGUCAGGAUGACCUGAAGGUGCUGCUGAGGAUCCUGAUGGAGAAUCUGGGAGAGGCUGGCAGUCUGGAGCCUACCGCCUCGAGACAGGAGGCCAGUCUGCAGCUCCGAGCAGCCGGAGGCCCCCCGACAGGUGAUGUUGGGAAGCCGACUGUAAGCAGUGAUGAAGAGGAGGACGAAGCUCUGGAGACCAUGAAGUUUAACUUCAACAUCGAGUCUCUUGGUCUGGUUCUGUACAGCAACGACCCAAAACAGCCAUCAGACCUCCAGCACCAGGAGAACCUCAGACUAGGCGAGUUCGCCCUCCACCUACUGAAAACUUCAGGGAAGAUCCUGGCCAACGGCAGCAUGGAGGUGACCACUGUCCUCACCACCUGCACGCUGGACGACCUGAGGACAGGCAUGGAGAGGGUGACCUCACGGAUGGUCGGUUUGAGAGAUGAGGAGAGCUCGGAGGCGAUGAUCGAUGUAACAUAUCGACAGAGUGCUGGAGAACGGGAGGUGGUGGCUGUUCUGCAGAAACUCUACCUGUGUGCCAGUGUGGAGUUUCUGAUGGCUGUCGCAGAUUUCUUUCUGCAGGCUCUGCCACAGAGUUCGACUCCAAUCACAGCCUCAGCACCGAGUGACAGACUGCCACUGAGACAGACCGCUGAGCCACGAGCCGACGCCAAGACCAUCUCGAUGGUUAGGACUCGUCUUCGGGCGGUGGUGGUGGACCCGGAAGUGGUGUUUGUGGCCAGCCUGAUGAAGGCUGACGCCCCCGCCCUCGUGGCCUCAUUUCAGUGUGACUUCAACCUGCAAGCCGAGGAGGAUGGUUCCCAGAACAUGAGAGCCAACCUGAGGGAGCUGAAAGUCCUUGCUUGCCCCUUCAUCCGAAACAAGGAGGACAAGGCCAUCACCACUGUGUUGAGACCCUGCUCGGUCGCUUUGGAAACCAAAACCCACCCAAACCAACCACUGAGCGGCUCUGUGACGGUGGAAGAAGUCAUUGUCAAGAUCUCUCCGUUCAUCCUCAACACAGUGAUGACGAUAACAGCCGCCAUGACGGCGAAGCAGCGUGACGAGCAGAGUCAGGUGUCAAAGCCCGGCGUCGGUGACCUCUGGUCGGUCAUUAACAUCUACUCUUGUAACUACUGGUUCCUGGGAGUGGAUCAGGCCACUGAGGUCACAGAGAGCUUCAGAGAGCAGGAUGGACACAACGAGGGCGAGAGCUUUGCUGCAGAGGUCAAGGUGCUCCAGGUGACUCUGGAGUCCGGUUUGGGUCAUCGGACCGUCCCUCUGCUGUUGGCCGAGUCCUCCUUCAACGGUUCUGCCAAAAACUGGUCGUCUCUGCUGCAGCUCAGGGCCAACAUGACGCUGGAGGUGAACUACUUUAAUGAGAUCCAUGCAGUGUGGGAGCCUUUGAUCGAACGAGUUGACAGCGACAGACGCAGAUGGAACCUGGAGCUCGAGGUGAAGAACAACCCGGUCCAGGACAAGAGUCCCAUUCACGGAGAUGACUUCGUCUUUCUUCCUGAACCUCGCACAGCCAUCAACAUCUGCUCCAAAGACACCAUGAACAUCACCGUCUCCCAGUGCAGCCUUAAUGUCUUGCACAACCUCACUAAGGCGUUCUCCGAGGGCACAGCCUCUACCUUUGACUGCUCUCUGAAGGAGAAGGCCCCCUUCACCAUCAGAAACUCUCUUGGGAUUCCUCUCAUUGUGCAGCACAGCGCCAACCUCAGGCCGGUUGGUCCACUAGCGCAGGGAAAACUACAUGAGCUGUCGGUGGAUCAGAGCAUGGACCUGGAACACUCUGUGUUCGAACCGUCAUCACGAGGCAAACUGUCGGCUCUGCAGCGGCAAGAGAGCUGCCUGUUCAACCUCACCAUCGUUCCCUCCGGAUACAGCGAGAUCUCCAACAUCGCUGUAGACAAACCGGGUCGCCGUCUCUACAACAUCCGUGGUCCGAUGCUGCAGGAGGCGGUUUCUGUGCUGCUGCAGAUCGAUGCUGCCGAGGGCAACAAGGUCAUCACUGUCCGCUCACCGCUGCAGAUAAAGAAUCACUUCUCUGUGCCGUUCACCAUCCUGAUGUACUGUCCAACAUCCAGGAGCCUGCAGAGCGUCGGACAGGCCGAACCUGAGAGAGAGUUUCACAUCGCCUUAGAAACAUACAGAUGUCAGCUGUUUGUGCGUCCGGCGGGUCGUCUGGAUGGUCAGUACGGUCCGUCCUCCACCUGCGUGGCGUGGAAGGAGCAGGUGCAUCGCAGCUCGGAGGUGCGUUCGGUGCUGCAGUGUCCGGCGGCCGACAGCAGCCUGCUGCCGCUGAUGGUCAGCACGCUGGCUGUCCCUGACGACCUGCGACACAUCGCCAGCCACGGAGAGGAGGACUGGGACCCCGCCUACAUCCUCCACCUCCACCCUGUGGCCACGCUACGCAACCUGCUGCCCUACACCAUCCGCUACAUGAUGGAGAGCUCAGCAGACUGUUAUGAGCUUCAGGAAGGAAGCACGUCGGACCUCCUGAACGCUCGUGUCUCAGGCGAGAUCAUGUCGUUGGUGCUGAUGAGGUAUCAGGGCCGCGACUGGCACGGACACGUUUGUAUCGAACAGGAAAUGCCCGAGUUCUUGGCCGUGUGUCUCACGUGUGACUCGGACACCAGGAUGUCGGUGGACGUGAGCAUUCACGUGACGAGGACGACGAGCCGCCUGCUGCUGUCGCUCUUCAGCCCGUACUGGAUCAUCAACAAGACGUCUCGAGUGCUGCAGUACAGAGCCGAGGACGUCAGCGUCAAACACCCGGCCGACUACCGAGACAUCAUCCUGUUCUCUUUCAGGAAGACGAACCUCUUCAGCAAGAGCAAGCUCCAGCUGUGUGUCUCCACCAGCUCCUGGUCUGAUGGUUUCUCUCUGGACACCGUGGGAAGUUAUGGCUGUGUUCGCUGUCCCGCCAACAACAUGGACUUCCUGGUGGGCGUUAGCAUCCAGAUGAGCAGUUUUAACCUGACCAGGAUCGUCACCAUGAGUCCUUUCUACACUCUGGUUAACAAGUCGUCGUAUGAGCUGGAGGUGGGAGAAGUCACCAGCCAGACCACCAAGUGGCACUACAUCUCCUCCACCGAGUGCCUCCCUCUGUGGCCGGAGAACAGUUCGGGGAAGUUGUGUGUCCGUGUGGUCGGAUCUGAAUCCACCUCCAAGUUCUUCUUCUUUAACCGGCAGGACAACGGCACCCUGCUGAGCCUCGACAUGUGUGGUGGCAUCAUCGUGGACGUCAACAUCUCCGAUCUCUCCACCGUCAUCAGCUUCAGUGAUUACUAUGAGGGAGCAGCUCCGGCCCUGCUGCUCAACCACACACCCUGGGUCACCAUCAGCUACUGGCAGAGCGGCUCGGCGCCAGUUCACCAGCUGAAACCCGGCGAGGCUCGGCGGUUUGCGUGGGACGACCCGGCCAGUGCCCGAAAACUCAGCUGGAGCUGCAUGGAACAUUCUGGAGAGCUGGACCUGCUGAAGGAUGAGGUGGGUCAGUUCUCCUACGACAGCCUGUCUCAGGUCCACUGGGUUUCAUUCCUGGAUGGACGCCAGCGGGUGCUGCUGUUCACCGAGGAUGUCGCCGUGGUGACAAAGGCUCGGCAGGCCGAGGAGCUCGAACAGUUCCAACAGGAAGUGAAGGUGUCGCUGCAAAAUCUCGGACUGUCACUGAUCAACAACACCAGCCGGCAGGAGAUCACUUACAUCGGCAUCACAAGCUCAGGUGUGGUUUGGGAGAUGAAGCCAAAGAAUCGUUGGAAGCCGUUCAGUCAGAAGAACAUCAACCUGCUGGAGAAAACGUACCAGAGUCAGCUGAGCGGGAAGAGCGAGGGGGGCUGGGUCAAACUGGAGACCAACCUGGAGGUGAACCUCAGUGGAGCCAUCAUGAUGAUGCGUCAGCCGUUUGCCUGCCCGGUGAGGAGGAACUUCCUAUCUGGGAUCCAGGUGGAGUUCAAACAGUCGCUGCAUCAGCGCUGCCUGAGGGCCCAGCUGCACUGGCUGCAGGUGGAUAACCAGCUGCCAGGUGCAAUCUUCCCCAUCGUCUUCCAUCCCGUUCCUCCUCCGAAAUCCAUCGCUCUGGACUCAGAGCCAAAGCCGUUCAUCGACGUGUCCAUCAUCACCAGGUUCAACCAGCACAGCAGCGUCAUGCAGUUCAAGUACUUCAUGGCUCUGGUUCAGGAGAUGGCGGUGAAGAUCGAUCAGGGUUUCCUGGGAGCCAUCUUGGCUCUGUUCACACCUGCUGCUGACCCCCAGGCCGACAGACAGAAGUCGCGGCUGAUAGAGAGAGAUCUGCAGCUGCUGCAGGCCGAGCUGAUGGAGGCAUCGCUUACUGACACGUCAGGACUCAGCUUCUUCGAACAUUUCCACAUCUCACCCAUCAAGCUCCAUCUCAGUCUGUCUCUGGGCUCCAGCGGUGAGGACUCGACUCAGGAGACGGCGGCCGUUCAGUCUCUCAACCUGCUGCUGAAAAGUAUCGGAGCCACGCUGACCGAUGUUGACGACAUCAUCUUCAAACUGGCCUUCUUCGAGGUGAAGUACCAGUUUUACCGCAGAGAGAAGCUGAUGUGGGCGGUGGUCCGACACUACACUGAACAGUUCCUGAAGCAGAUGUAUGUUCUGGUUCUGGGUCUGGACGUCCUGGGAAACCCAUUUGGACUGAUCCGAGGUCUGUCUGAGGGAGUGGAGGCCUUCUUCUACGAACCUUUCCAGGGGGCUGUUCAGGGUCCGGAGGAGUUUGCUGAAGGUUUUGUGAUCGGAGUCCGCAGCCUGCUGGGUCACACUGUCGGUGGCGCUGCAGGUAUGGUUUCCAGGAUCACGGGUUCGGUGGGUAAAGGUCUGGCAGCCAUCACCAUGGAUAAAGAGUACCAACAGAAACGACGAGAGGAGAUGAACCGACCGCCCAAAGACUUUGGAGAGAGUCUGGCUAAAGGAGGAAAAGGACUGCUGAAGGGAGUCAUGGGUGGAGUUACAGGUAUCGUCACCAAACCUGUGGAGGGCGCGAAGAGGGAGGGAGCAGCAGGUUUCUUUAAGGGCAUCGGGAAAGGCUUGGUGGGCGUGGUCGCCCGGCCGACAGGCGGCAUCGUGGACAUGGCCAGCAGCACCUUCCAGGGCAUCCAGAGAGCGGCGGAGUCGACAGAGGAAGUGACCAAACUGCGGCCAGUGCGUCUGAUCAGGGAGGACGGGAUCAUCCGACCAUAUGACCUGACGGAGUCGCAGGGUUUCGACCUAUUCCAGCGCUCAGAGAUCAAACAGCUGCAAGGUGAAGUGUUCAGAGAUCACUGUCAGUAUCCUGGACACCGAAAGACCAACAUCAUCAUCACCAACAGGAGGGUUUUGUGUGUGAAGGAGAUCGACUUCGUUGGUCAUUUCAACAGAGAGUGGGAGUGUUUGUUUGAGAACUUCUACCGCCCUCCGACUGUGACGGGAUCCGAGCUGAAGAUCUACUGCAAGGAGCAGCAGAAGUUGAAGCUGCCAAACAGAGACGGUCAGGAGUCAGUGAGGAACAUUCAGCUCAGAGACUCAAACACUGCUCAGAAGCUGCAGGUGGCCAUAUCAGAUGCUCACGUGGCACAGCAGCAGCACCGCAUGGCGAGACAGAAGUCACAGCGCUUCCUCAAAUUGAACAACAAACAGUGAGGUCACUUCCUGUCAGCACAUUCACUUCCUGCCCACUGCUGAUUUAUAUUAAAUAUCUUAAACUGCAUCUUAAAUGCAGGACUGUUCCUUUAAGAGAUAUAAACACUGACCUGUCACAUGACCCACACUGAGCUCUGAGUUAACAGGUUUCGUUUCUCAGUUUAGACGUUAUUUUAUUUUAUUUCAUUUUGUUUUUAGAAGGUCGGCUUCAAAUUCUUUAUUAUUAAUUUAGGUACAUGGUUCAAUAUUAUUUUGUAUAUUUUGUGAACAGAGAUGAUUUCCAGUUUACAUCUGAGAACAGAAACAGAUUCAAGUUCUGUGUUUCUAAAUAUUUAAAUGAACUUUCUGUCGACACAAACACCUGCUCAGGUGGACCCGUCCAAAGAGCUGACUCAGCAGGGUUGUGGGUUUGAAUGUAUACAUAGUCAUGAUGCUGUGAGGCAUUCUGGGUAAAAAGCCUUCAACAAAUGGCCGCUGGAGUCAUGUGAUUGUUUAACUGCCACCUCUGUCAGCAGUACACGUUCUGAAACAAACAACGACUUCCUGUCGCUAAAGAGUGAAAAACUUAACCUCACCUGCUGUAGAAAUGUGUAUCUGACAAGUUUAAUGGGCUGCAGCUAAAAACUGUAAAUAUUUUAAAAAUGAACCAAAAUUCAUUGAGUCAUCCUGAUUAUAAUACUUUCAUUCUGUGUGUCCAAAUGUUUAUAAAUGAAUAGAAAUGUGGUGAAAUGUUGAGUUAUUCAGAAGGUUUUCUUUUGUCUUUUAUAUUUUAGUCUCUUCAGUUUGAGGACUUUGGGCCUGUUUGAAUAUGACGCCAUAAAAACAUGUUGCACUAAACAAAUAUUUACAGUAAUCAGUUUGUUGAUGUUGAUGAAUGUUUGCUGUCGUUCAACUUCAGAGAAAUAAACACAUGAAGAUCUGAAAAUAAUAAUCCAACAAGUUAAUGAAUAUCUUAUUAACUCAGAAGAGAAUAAAACGUCUGAGAUGAAAUUCAGAAUUCAGACUUUGAAUUUAGACAGUCGACUGUUUAAAUUCCCAAAUUCAUGAUUCAGUUUGAUUCAUCGAAGUUCGACGUGUUUGUUUUUUCUUUCAUCGAUCGGUAAAUCGGUGAGUUUUACCUGCAGAUCUUUCUGUUUACAAACUGAAGAAUGAAAAGUGUUUCUCAUGAAGAACAAAUGAAGUGUUUACAUGUGAACAGAAUCUGUUUGAUUGCUGAGUGACAUGAAGAAAUAUUUUCCCCUUUAUAAUCUUUGCUGUCUUCAUGUUGGUUUGUGUGGCAGAAGUUUGAAGGAAAGAACCGACCUGUAACCUGAACACGUUUCUAUAAAGAUUUAAUGACGUCUGGUGGACUGUGUGUUUAAGGGUGGACUUUGGGAUCCGAGUCGGACGUCUCCAGCUCUAUUCACAAAACAUCUUUAUCGAUUGUUUUGAUUUAUUGCACCUUAAAGUCUGAGCUCACGUGGAGAGGGAGCCAAUGACGGGAAGCUAAAAUUGGUGUGAUAUGAACAAAUUUUCUGAUUUGCUGCAGCUUUCUGAACCAUCUGAACCUUUUUGUAUUGGCACGCUGCAGACCUGACAGAAAAACGUUACAAUAAUCAAGUCUGGAUGAAACAAAGGCGUGAAUGAGGAUCGAUAUUUAUCCAUCAUUAAAAUAUUUCCCGGAUCUCCACUGACUGAAACAUGAAGAACUUUUUCAGGUGUAAUAAAUGCUCUUCAGAUCUCAGUUUGCUCAGCAGUUCAUUAAGUGCACAUUAAAUAAUAAAGUAAAAUAAAUACAUACAUCAGA